AUGACCGCGGUUGGCACACAUGACAUCGAGAAAACGCAUCAUGGAGAUCAACAGCUGUUAUGGGUUACUGAGAGCCUUGCAUUCCUGCGCUUCCUCGACGUUUUGUCGGUGAACACGUUGCGAGCAAAUUUAGGACUCCAGCAGGUAGCCUCAGCCCUGGUCACGAUCUACAUCGACAUGAUCGAUUCGCUGCUACUCCUCAUACCAAGGCCUCUGCUCGAAUGUCGAUUGUCUGUGCAGGCUCGAUCGGGAUAUCAUCCUGGAUCAUCGGGAUUAACAAGCCAGCCUCGUACGAAUGCAGACCAAAACCUUCCUUUCUACGCGAGCACGGAGAAGGUGCCGCAACUACGCUCCAUAGCCCGCCAAACCAUAACAACGUUCAUCGAAACGGUUGGCCGCAGGCGCUAA